GCGAGCGAGCAGCCACCACGGCGGCACGCUCGUGCUCGACACCACUCGCACGGUUCGUGUCAGUGUCGUCGAUUCGCCGUGAGUCGCGGAGCAUCCGGCUGGGCUGUUUGUCGGCCGUCGCCUAGUGAGAUAAUAGGAUGCGGUAUCGCGCACGGUUCCGGUGCUACACCCCGUGUCCGCGGCUUCGUGGGUACGUUGUCGUGGCCGCGGCCGCGUCCCGCUGAGAUUAUGCGCGGUGUACCGAUCUAUCGCUCGAGUGUGUGUGCGGGUUAACCUUAAGUAUAGCGACAGAGUGUUCUUUGCGCGCGCCCCAGGUAAGGUGAGGUGCAAAUCAAGAAAGAGAGAAAGAGAGAGCGAGUAAGCGAGAGAGAGAAAGAGCUAGGGAGAGAAAGAGAGAGAGAGAGAGAGUGCACACGUAGGAAGAACAAAACGAGGAAGAGAUCACGUAUUACGUACGUACGCACGCACGCAAGCGAGUGAACGAGCAAGCGAGCGAGCGAGCGAGCGAGCACGCACGGUACGUCAAGAUGUCGUCGUCGGGACACAGCAGUCGCACCCGCGCCGUCCACAUCGGCUCGAUCUUCCAGAAGCUGCACGGUCGCUUCGCCGACGCGAUGACCCCGCCGAAACUGUCGACCGACAAGCGUAUGUUGGACAAGACCUGGAAGUUGAUGGACAAAGUGGUGAAGUUGUGCCAGCACCAGCGCAUGAACUUGAAGAACUCACCGCCGUUCAUCCUCGACAUCCUGCCGGACACGUAUCAGCGGCUGAGGCUGAUCUACAGCAAGUACGAGGACCGGAUGCAGGUGCUGCACAGUAACGAGCACUUCUGCGUGUUCAUCAACAACCUGAUGCGUAAGUGCAAGCAAGCGAUCAAGCUGUUCAAGGAGGGCAAGGAUAAGAUGUUCGACGAGACGUCUCAUUAUCGCCGCAAUCUCACCAAGCUCAGUCUAGUGUUCAGCCACAUGCUGUCCGAGCUGAAGGCCAUAUUCCCGAACGGGAUAUUUGCCGGCGAUCAGUUUCGCAUCACCAAGGCCGAUGCAGCUGAAUUCUGGAAGGAGCGCUUCGGGAACAGCACAUUGGUACCAUGGAAGGUGUUCAGACAUGAAUUGAAUCAAGUCCAUCCAAUCAGUUCAGGACUGCAGGCGAUGGCACUGAAAUCGACGAUAGAUCUGACGUGCAAUGACUACAUCUCGAACUUUGAAUUUGAUGUAUUUACGAGAUUGUUCCAACCAUGGUCGACCCUCUUACGUAAUUGGAAAAUUCUGGCUGUGACACAUCCUGGUUAUGUGGCUUUCCUCACGUACGACGAGGUGAAGGCGCGGUUACAAAAAUAUUGUAUUACCAAGCCCGGGAGUUACGUAUUUCGAUUAAGUUGCACGAGGCUGGGACAAUGGGCAAUUGGCUACGUCACGUCUGACGGUGAUAUUCUUCAAACGAUACCACACAACAAGAGUCUAUGCCAAGCGUUAUUGGACGGUUACCGGGAAGGCUUCUACCUCUAUCCGGACGGCAGAAAUAUAAAUCCGGACCUGACGUAUGCGGUGCAACCGACGCCGGAGGAGCACAUCAAAGUGACAGCGGAGCAGUACGAAUUAUACUGCGAAAUGGGUAGCACAUUCCAACUGUGUAAAAUCUGCGCCGAGCACGACAAGGACGUGAGGAUAGAGCCUUGCGGUCACCUUCUCUGCACUCCAUGCCUCACAGCUUGGCAGGUAGAUUCCGAAGGACAGGGUUGUCCAUUUUGUCGAGCUGAAAUUAAAGGCACCGAGCAAAUCGUCGUGGAUCCGUUUGAUCCGCGAAGAACACACAGACCCGGAGCGCAUUCGGCGUCCGCUAGUAACGCAUCGACCCCCACGCGGGAUCUCGAUCCUGACACCGAGGACAUAAUGGCGCUGUGCAACGGCAAUUGCGGUCUCAUAUGCGACGACUCCGACGAGGAAGACGACUCUAGUCCCACGAAUUCGCCGGUUCCACCACGGAGGAUUCUACCGAGUCCACCGUUGCCACCUCGAAGAACCUCACCCACACCGAAUAAUCAUCUUAAGAACGGUCGUCACCUGACAGUGCCGAAGGAGAACGCUCCGCCACCACCGACGGUCACCACGGUGAUAAUGAAUUACGCCGACACUCCACAGAAUAACAAAGUGAACGCGGAGGCGAGGUAUGAUAUGCUGCAUCGCGCGUCUUCGCCAUCACCGGUGGUGCCGCCGAUACCGCCCGCACCAUCAGCAGCGGUGAGAGCUCAUGCUCGUCGUUCCCACGGGAACCACACGAGCACGUCGCAGCCUCAACCGCAGCCGCCGACGUUGCCGGAAAAACCGUGUCGCGCUGGCGCGACAAGCUCAACGACGAGCAUUCAGACAGGUCCAAGCAAUAACGUGCCACCCGUCCCACCGCCCUUGUCGGCGCCACGACCGCCGAAGACCGGCAAGGAGAGUGCCCGACAAGAUCAUCAUUACGAGAACACGAUUGUGAUACCCGGCACGAGACAGCACGUCGUGAAGAACAUUAAUCUGGAGGCGAAUAGGGCUCGUUUGACGGCUUUGAUGAGAGCCAGAGGCGAUACGGUGAGCGGGCCGGUGACCAAGCCGGAAUCAGCGGCGUAUGAGAACGUCAAUGUGGAGCACAUAACGAGACUGACGGCGCUCGGGUUCGCGCAGGACGCCGUGAUCAGGGCGCUUGGUAUCACCAGGAACGACCUCGAAAUGGCUUGCGACAUACUGCAUGAGUUCGCCACGAAGUCCUCCUGACCAGGGCCAAAUGCCGAGGUCUCAUGACCGGCCUUACCUGCCAGACGGUACUUUUGACAGGGAACACGCGCGGAGUCUUGCAAGUCCCACCUCUAAUGCGUUCACAGAUGCGUCGCGCGUUUUCGCGGAGCGUCUCACCACGUCACUACAGUAUCGAAGACUCGACAGUGCCCAGUUUUGAGUUCUGAAACAUUGACGAGCGGGAGAGACAUUGCGACGAUUCCAGUUACCGGCGGUGAACCUAUCGAGAAGCUAAUGAAGGAGAAUCAGGAGAAUCGUGGAACGUAUACUUCCGACAAGAGAAGAAUCUUUGGAGUAAGUCCCAGGGGAAACAUUCAUCUCGGACACAAAACACACAAUACAUACAUGCACGCGUACACACAUCGUCGAUCUCGUCGCACAGAUUUCGCGCAGACACUUGUCUCUCCUCAUCACGUAAUGCGAGUCUGCGGGACGAACUGUAAGUGAAAAAUUCCAAGUAUUCUUGUUUCUUGAUACGUACAAAGAAGACUGGGCCGUUUCGCUGUAACGUGUACGUAACACGAGUGACAGUGUUGAGUAAGGGCGACUACCAAAAGUGAUUUUACGGCUGCCGAAGUAUUCCUCCACGAGCCAUAUAUAGCGAGUAGUAUAAGUCCUAUACUUUUGUUCUUUAGUACUCUCGCUUUAGUUACUACUUCGUUCCUCGAUAUACUUAAGAUAAUGAUUAAAUUGCGCGUUUACAAAGAGAACUUGCUUAUACGUUGACGAGACGCAAUGACCGAAAGAGAAAGAGCGCGAAAGAGAGACAGAGAGAAAACGCGUGUACAAUGUGCACUACGCACAUAAAUUUAGAUGCAGAAGAAACACACUCUUCGAAAGUCUUCGGCCGCCCGAUUUUCCAUAUUUUGUAUUAUAGCGUACCUCACGACAACGAACGUGCGACUCUCGCGUCGGCGCGUUUAUAAAUUAUACAUCGUAAUCCGCAAAGGCAAUACAAUAUCACACUUGAAUCGACAUUCGUGUCACGAUAGGUAUAUACCACUGUUCAAUAAGAUAUACUCUACGUAGAUCGCAUCGGAUUCGUUGGAUACACUUCGCUCAUAAACAUAUUAAAUGUAUAACGUUAUAGUACCGACCGAAAGUACGUUAGACGAAAAAUGCCUGGCAUCUAAUUUUGUAAUUUCCAGUCUAUAACCCGUUUUCACGUUAAGUUAAAUAGAAUAGUCAUAUAUAUAUAUAUAUAUAUAUAUAUAUAUAUAUAUAUAUAUAUAUAUAUAUAUAUAUGUAUGUAUGUAUAUGUAUGUAUUGCUAUUUAAUGUAUAUUAUGUAAUGUCCUCCAUAUUAGUAUUGCGUGGUUACAUUGCGCAAGAUACCUCGGAGAGGAUAAAAGUAACACGAUAACGAUUUACAUAGAUAUAUAAAAUUGUUACUGUACAUUCAUGAUUUCCGAUCUUGGUUUCGAGAGACCACGGGUCGAGGCACGGUUAGUCUGUAGGAUUACGCACAAGGCGAUUCCGAUUCCGAGGUUAUUUAGACACGAGUCUACGAGACGCGCGUUUACAGAUUAGUAGGGCGUAUCUACCGAAUGUGUUACUUAGAUUUGCGCGUGUGAACACACGGUUCAUGUCGCUGUGUCGAUUAGAAAAGAGGCGGAAACUACGAUCAGUGGUUUAAUAUCUACGUACGACGUGUCGAUUAGCCAAGUUAACAGCAUUGAUGACUUCAAGUUCAAAGUGUAUGCGUGUGCGGUUUCGAAUUCGUGGACGGAUUCGAACGAGAAAAUCUCGAUGUUUACGAAUCGUUGUCCCGAGGUUGUACAAUCGUAUUAACAUUUUGAGAGUACUGGUAACACAAAUUAAAAGAACAAGAAUAUUGUUGAAAUACAAAGAACACAAGAAUAUAGAGACGUUGAGGACUAAAUUGCCGAUGUCAGACGCAAACAUUUUUUUUAAAUUAUGUACACGCAAGAGUACAAUUAGAGUUACAGGGAAUGUUUCAAUUAGUGGUCAUCUUCAAAUCGAUGACUUUGCAUAACUUGUGGAUUCCAGUCCUCAAAAGUCCUCAUUAACAGUUAUUAUUUGAAAUUCGUCUCAAGUGAGAUAUACAGUUAAUAGUUAUUAUUUCAUUAUGUCUCAAGUAAAAUACUCAGAUUUGAAUUCAGAGGAAAUUCGAGUUUUUCAAUUGAAUCGCGAUUCAAGAUAUAAAUGUUACACAUAUGUCAUAAUUCAACUUUGAAGAAACUUGAAUCUAGUUCUGAGUAAAAAUCGAAAUAUCUCAUAUAAGACAAGUUUCAAAUAACGACUAUUAAUACGGACUUCAGACUUAAAUUCAGUGUUAAUCGAGAAAUUUUUCAGUUAAAUCGCGAUUACAGAUAUAAAUGUCGCAUAUAUUAUAAUUUGACUGAGGAACUUGAUCUUAACUCUGAAUAAAGAUCUGAGUAUCUCGUCAUGAGACAAGUUUCAGGUGACAGUUGUUAAUACGGGCCGAAUAAUAUUGUUAAGAACGAAUUAUAACGAAGGGAAUCAAAUCGAGAAACUAAAUAUGUUGAAUGAAGUGCAUACAGCAGAGUCCAAGCGAUAACGAAGGCACACUUGGAUGCAAGUUCGCUGAUAUUAUAGUCGCCGCUGCUGAGUCGGCAGUAGCGCCGUCGAGAUACGCUGUACGUGUCGCUUUAAUUUAUGCCUCGUAGAUGCUCAAGCACGCGAAGAAAAAAGAAGGAGAGAGAUUUUCCAUUUCGCGUCAUCAUGCGUGAGCUGGAUCGCAGCGUGCGUGAGUUUGGUGAUGAUUGUACCACGCUCGCGAAGUGUGUCGUUCGUCAUAGUGAUAAAGCGACUAGCGUGCACGCGCGCGGAUCGAUCCUGGCAUGACGGUGCAUCGUGCAAUAAUAUCUGUUGCGCCGGUCGCACGACGAAAAGUUAAUUACCUACCUCGCGAUUAUACCAAAGGUUACGAUAUGAUCGUCCGAUACACGGCAAAUAAGAUAACGUUAUCCGAUGUCACACUCGUUAGAGACACGUUUUGACCCCUUCUGUCGCGUUCUAACGUACGCGGGCGCAAGCGAAACACGUCGUGUAACAUAAUUAAUUAUAUACAUAUAUAUAUAUAUAUAUAUAUAUAUAUAUAUAUAUAUAUAUAUAUGCGAUAUAUUCUCUAAGUCUCGUUGAGGAUCUUUCUUCCUUUGAAUAUUUCUUGAAUGCACGCGUUCACAAGAAGGACGUGUCAUCGCGGAUGUUCGCAACAAUCCACUGGGAAAAUUUUGAAGCAGAACAGUCGGGAAGAAAUUCACCGUUAUACCGGGGAAAUUUAGCCGCGUGAUCCUGCCGACACGAGAGCCAACACACCUUGAUUUAAUUCGCUGUGCGCCCCUGUGCACAUCACGCAUCAACUCGCAGCCGCACCAUCAAUCGUUAGCGUCGAAAGAAUGUUCAGCCUUCACCUUCGGGUUUCCCGAUGCCCAUAUGGGUGCAUUCAGUGAAUUUAGCUGUCAUAUUUUUCUACAUUGUAUAUUCUGGUCACUGUGUACUGUAUAAUAUACCGGGCGCCUGUGAAAAGCGCUCGAGCUAGCGGAACCGUGAGAGACGGGAGAGACGGUUCGGUCGCUCUCUCGUGCUUUUCGUCGCGCGUUAAACGUUUAAAGAUAAUCGUUUGGUGCAAUACGUAAAAGUAGAAGAAUUUGUAGUUCGACUCCUUCCCUCAUUUUAAUUAUUCGCUGUACAAAUUGUUUUACAUACUUCUCAAAAUAAAAAUAACAUGUCGUUUAUAA